UCCUGCCCCCUUGUAGAUCUAAAUUUCAUUCUCUCAGAAGAGCGAGCGAAAACCCUACUUAAAUCUCACCCACCUUCGACCUCUUUCUUCUUAGAUUUUUUUUGUUUUUGUUUCUGUUUCGGUGUUUGUUCUUCUCGAUCUUCCCCGGAUCCUGAUACGAAGAGUGUUUUCUCUAGGGUUUUUCACCCGAUCCUCCCUUGUUCGUGCCCCUGUAUUGAGCUUGGAUCAGUAAUGUCGACUCCUUACCCCGGAGCCAUUCAGGUGGGCUCGUACUUCGUGGGACAGUACUAUCAAGUGUUACAGCAGCAGCCAGACCUUGUUCACCAGUUUUACUCUGACGCUAGUAAAGCUGUUCGUGUCGAUGGGGACUCCUCCGAGACCGCCCUUACGAUGCUGCAUAUUCACAACAUGGUCAUGUCACUAAAUUUUACUGCGAUUGAAAUCAAAACCAUCAAUUCACUGGAAUCUUGGGAUGGAGGUGUUUUGGUGAUGGUUUCUGGUUCUGUGAAGACCAAGGAAUUCAGCAAUAGAAGAAAUUUUGUGCAGACAUUUUUCCUCGCUCCUCAAGAAAAGGGUUAUUUUGUUCUGAAUGAUAUCUUUCAGUUCGUAGAUGAUGGAACAGUCUUUCAUCAACAGCAUCCUCAUUUAUCUGAAAGCAAGCAAGAGGCUCAGCUGAAUCCUCCAAAUGCAAUCUCAGAAUCUGAAGUUCCUGACUAUGUCUUGGAGCAAGAGGCAAGGGACUAUGUGAACUCGGUCCGUAUAGAAGAUGAUCCGAUUGACAAAUACAGUCUUCCAGAGGAGCCUCAUCAACCUCACCAAGAAUAUUUCGAUAAUGAAGUCGUGGUUGAGGAAACUCCUGUGGAGGACGUAUAUGCUUCACAUUUAGGUGCGGAUGAGACUGUGCAUGAACCUUCAGCAGCACCAGCAGAGGAACCCGUUGGUGAAAAAUCAAAGAUGACUUAUGCAUCCAUUUUACGAGUUGCAAGGGAGGCAGCUGCAGUGCCGGCAGUUCCUACACAACCAUCCUAUAACCAGAGCUUCCAAUCUACAAAUGAGUGGGAGCAAUCAUCUCAGCCGCUGGCCUCCCAGGUUACACAACAGACAAUUGUGCCUCAUCCUGGUGGUCAGCAAUCAAACACUUCUUUCCCGUAUGUGCCUGACUAUGGAGCUGAGGCCGAAGAUAGCUCGGGAUUCGAAGACUUUGAAUUCAAAUCUGUGUAUGUCAGAAACUUACCUUCCAACAUAACUGCUGCCGAGAUCGAGGAAGAAUUUAAGAACUUUGGUGCAAUCAAGCCUGAUGGUGUUUUCAUCCGUGACCGCAAGGACGUUAUCGGUGUUUGCUAUGCUUUUGUCGAGUUUGAGGAGAUGUUUGCUGUUGAGAAUGCUAUCAAGGCCUCACCCAUAUUAUUUGCUGGAAGGCAAGUAUACAUUGAGGAACGCAGACCCAACCCGAGUGGUGUUCGUGGAGGAAGAAGAGGACGAGGAAGGGUUGGUUAUCCAACCGAGGCUCCAAGAGGCCGGUUUGGAACCCGUGCUUCAGGCAGAGGAAUCCAUCAGGACAGUGGUGACUACAGGCCGAGAGGUAACAGUUAUUACCGUGGUUCCCGGUAAAAAAAGUCUCUGAAGAGGUGACCAAGAUAACUCCAGCUCACCGGAAUUUCAAUCUCUUUAAGCUUUUAUGUCUAACGACCAAGAAUAUGAUCCAGAAGAAGCUUGUGCUGAUUUCCCCGAGAGCCUGUUUUCCUCUUCCGCCACAACCAGAGGAAGAUUUUGGUUUUUUUUAUAUAUACGUAUGGGGCUUUAGAUUUAGGGUUAAACUCUUUCCCCUUUCCCCUUGAGAUUGGUUUUUGUUGUUCCAGUUCAAGUGGAAAGUAAGAUAUUAUGUUGAUGUGCUAAGUACUUGGUUUGGUUUGAAUUAGAUUUCCAUUGGUUCUUGGUUCCCUUC